UUUGUGUAUGACACUUAAAUAAAUAAUUAAAAUCAAUCAAUCAAUCAUCUGCUGCUGGUUCACAGAGAUAUUCAUACAAAUACUCAGAAAUGCAAUUUUGAGUCUAAUUGUAUGUAUGUCCGCUGUCAUCAGAAGAAUGCCACAACAACAUGUUAAAAACACUCAAAGUACAAUUUUCAUCGGAGUGGGUCUUUACUGUUAAGCACAACUAUAUUUAUGUAAUUUUCAUAUCCGCCAGCAGAGGGCGCGCGCGUCUAAAGCCAGCAGUGAACGCCAGCACGUUCCGCCAGGUGUCGGCUGCAGCAUCAGCACCGCUCCUCCUCCUCCUCCUGUCUGCAGUGCCUCUCUGCUCUCCCUUCUUGCAUCGUUCGUUAGAAUAAACCAGAGCAACGGAGCGCAGCCUCCCGACAUUGUUUUGGUUUUUUGCAGCGAGCCUCUUCCCUGAACCUGCAGCAGAUCAGGAAAUCAAAGAAACUUUCAUGUUUACGGACGUCCAUCAAAGGCAGCUCUGCUGAGAAAAACCAAACACAAGAAAACUGUUGAGGGAAAGUGAAAAUAGGAUUAAAUGAGAUGAUAUUCCAUUCCUGGAUUAUUCAGCAGAACAACCUUCUUCGGCCCGAACAGGAAGUCAAUUGAGGAAAGUUGCGUUCUGAGAGUUAAUGAAUGGCGUCAGCACCUGCAUGUGCCUAACUAAAGUCCAAAAUGAGCAUUCCGACUAGUUUACAAGGACUGAGGUUAGAGGAUGAUAAAGUGAAGAAGAUUGGAAACAAAAUCCAGAUGGAUUUCUCCCAUUCUGGGGAUGACAACGCCAAUCGGCUAAGCUCGAUCACUCAUGAUGGGAGAAGAGGAAUCAUGGAGUCGGGGUACAGAACAAGCCCUACUCCUCCUUUAGUCUCCCAAACAGAAUCUCCAGACAAAUUUGUUUUCUGGGGCUCAGAACAGCAAUGCAUGGAGCCGGAGCUCACCGAGUUUGGGCUUUUAAACUGUCAGGGGAUCCACAACAUCUUAGGAAGCAGCAAUCAGGAGCAGAACGAGGGAGAGGAGGACGAUGGGGGGAGUGUUCGAGAUGGGAAAGAUGAGGGACCCAUGUCCAUAUCCUCGAGUUCAACAGCCAGCUCUGUUUCGAUUGGCGGGAGAAAAAAUGACAAUGACAGCAACAAGAUGGAAAGCGGCACAGAGUGGGGCAUGGUGAAAAAGAUAAGCUGCCAUAGCACCGAAGAGCUUGACACGUGUGUGACAGCUUCAGCAGAGAGAAGGGAAAACAGGUCAGGCAGAGACAGACGGAGGGGAGCUCUGAAGGAGUCCAAGUCAGAGACCAACGUGUUUGUCUCCAGCCUCUCAUCGGUUUCCCUUAGUGGAAGCCUGUCUAGCGCUUUGAACUCUAACGGAGAAGCUUCUCCUAUCUCUUUCUCCAGCUCAAGGACCAGCCCGUAUCCCGGUUCCAACAACGCUACCUCAGCUCAAUCCACCAGAAGGGCUUCUGUUGAUGCCAAUCAGAACUCACCACCUUUAAAUCCUCAACAGAGACAGGACUUUUCCGAACCAUGCGGAUCUGCUCAGACACCAGAGGAGAGGAGCUAUCACAGAAACGGACUAACCUCAGGUGCAAGCUUGAGCCAAAGACGAAAGGCUGGAUUUGAGGAGAGGGGCCCCCCACCUCGUAGGCAACAGCUUGUACGACCCCUCUGCCAGACAGAAUUUGGGAAAGAAAGAAACUUUUCACCUUCUAAAACUCAGCAAAGUGACGCAGCAGCGCUUACCUCCCUGGAUGUCUCUGUAGAUCUAAACAAAAAGUUUACCAGGUCAUCUUUACGAGAACCAUCUGACUUCUCUCACCUUUACAACACAUCUGGAAUGUCACAGCUAAGACAGCCCCACCAAACGUCUCUGUGCAAUGUGCCUUCGGCGCAAAGACAGCCGCCUACAACUGUCCAGCACAGAGCUGGUCUCUCAAAUCCCUCCCCCUCAGAAAAGAGACCCCAAACUCAGCUCACUUAUCGGAGAAAUUGCCAAAGUCCCAACAGGACGGGGAUUGAGUCCAGAUCAUCUACUCCUCCGCACUCGCCUCUCAGGACACCCCAGGGUUCACCUCGCAGGCAACCUUCCAUGUUCUUCAUUUCUAGGAAUGUCUCCGGAGCAACUAAACACAUCUCAUCCGGAUGCAAUCCUGCUGUUCUGACAUCAACACAGGGCCUUAGCAGCAGCUUCCAGAGGGCGCCUGUCAAGAGUACUGUGAGCACAACUGGAAUCCCCAGAGCUCCGCUUAACAACCAGCAGAGUUCCCCAAACUCCAACCCCAAAGAGAGCUCUCCAUCACCCAAACUCAAACCUAAAGGAGUCCGCCCCAAAAUCAUCACCUACGUUCGGAAGAGUCCCCAUAUCAAACCGCAGACUGCCGAUGGGCCCUAUCAGGUAUACUCUCUGCCAGCCAGACUCUCGACUAACACUCAAACACCUGCAUCCUUUAAAGACUCAACGUUCAAGCCUGAAACAGAAACCCAAAGAGUUCCAAUACUCAGUGCCUCCAAUCUGCUUUAUGACAAGUACCGCCAGGAGAUGCAGGCAAACAUAAUACCAGCAGGAAUGCAGGGCAGAAGCAUCAGAGCUCCUGGACACUCAAACACAGUCCAUUCACACAGUCACACAGCUCCCCCAAAAUUGGGGAGCAAAGGGGACAACUCUUAUGUGACCACGCCAGAAGUGGCGAGAUCCAACAGCCUGAAAGGCAGCUCUGCUGAAGAUGCGUUGCAGGGCAGAGCAGUCACGCAGAUGGAGGGUGGUGGCAGUCUACUGCGCUCCGGCAGAGGUCUUCGUCUAGGCUUAGGAGCCGUCACCAGGAAUGCUGCAAGCUCCACCAAAAGCAGAGCGCCGGGUCAAGGGCUGAAGUCAACACUGAUCUUCAGCCAGCCGGUCCAGCCUGUUAACCCCACGUCCAGCAUGAAAGACCAGGACAAUACAGACGGUCAGCUCAUCACCCAUCAUGCUCCUGCUCCAGCUUUGACAUCAGCAGCAGCAGCAUCCCAGUCUGUAGCUUCCAGGUCUCUGCUUUCCAAGGUGAGCCAGUCAGGCCUGCGGCCCCCGGGCUUCAACUCCAGCCGUCUCCCCACCGGCCGCCUGGCAGCCUUUGGCUUCGUCAGGAGCUCCAGCGUCUCCUCCGUCUCCUCAGCCCACUCCGCUGACAGCGCUCAGAGUGACCCCUGUCAUCGUUUGAGUGUCAGUGAGGAUCCUCCUCCUCAUAGAGUCGCAACAGGGUCUGCAUCCAGUGAUCAGCAGAGGGGGGUGUCAUGUCGCAGCAACAGCCUCCAGCCUCCUUCCACUCCAGCUCUGCCACGGCGCUACCUGCCACCCCAGCCAAGGAGCUCCCCUGGAGUUGGCAGAAAGGAGUUGCAGAGGACUUCAGAGGUCACGCGCUCCCUCCCAUCUUCUCCAAAGAGACUGGCAGUAGUUCCUCCAAAACCUCAGUCCCCUGUUCAGCCUGGACAGCGGCCCGCUGCAACAGUCAAAGGUUCAGCCCUCUCGGGGUCACACCCCCCUAUAACCCCUCUGAGACUGCAGCAAGAACAGCCGGAGAACCUGCAAAGAGAGAAAGAGGAAGCUCAGCAGAGAGAGAGAGAAAAGCAUGCUGAGGAUAUGCAGAAAGAGCAGAAAAGGGAGGAGGUUCAGAGGCUGCAGGGUCGCUGUGAGGAGCAGGAGAAGCAGCUGCAGGCUAUGAGGCAGGAGCUGAAGAAGGCUUCUUUAGGCUUGGAAGCAUUUAUCAUCACCACUCAGCGGUUCUGCCUGAAGAAUGACCAUUCAGUGGAAAAUAACCAGAAACUAUCCAUGGAAAUACAAAAGAUGAAAGAGGAAAUGGCUUCCACCUCCGCACGAUGGGAAAGACUCCAGCGGGACAAAACAGCGCUGGAGGCAGCGUUUGAGCUCCAGCUGCAGGAGCUGCAGAUGCAGCAGGAGGAAGAGCUGGCUGCUGUGGAGGAGGGACUCAGGAAAUGUCAUGUGGUGGAGACUGAGCACCUAAAGGUGGAGCACUGCGCAGUCCUGGAAGAGCUGCGGACGCAGCAACAGGAGCAGAUGGAGGAGAUGACAGCCAACCACCAGGCAACCGUUCAGGAGCUCAGAGACAUGCAUAAUAUCACCAUGGCAACACUGCAUGAGGAGCAUGCCCGCACCAUGAGAGAUUUGAGAAAAGCUCAUGAGCAGCAGAAGACUCUUCUAGAAGAAGACUUUGAGAAACUUCGACUUUCCCUGCAGGAUCAAGUGGAUACGCUGACAUUUCAAAAUCAGAGUUUAAGAGAAAAAGCCAAGCGCUUUGAGGAGGCUCUGAGGAAGAGCACAGAUGAACAGAUCAUUGAGGCUUUAGCUCCUUACCAGCACAUUGACAAAGAUCUGAAGAGUCUGAAAGUAGUUGUGGAGAUAAAGAACCAGCAAAUCCACCAGCAAGAGAAAAAGAUUGCUGACCUGGAGAAAGUGCAGGCCCAAAAGAAUGUGUUUCUUGAAGAGAAAGUCCAAGUUCUGCAGCAGCAGAACGAAGAUUUGAAGGCUCGCAUUGAAAUGAAACUCGCUAUGUCAAGACAACUGUCAGAGGAAAACGCCAACCUGCAGGAGUCUGUUGAGAAGGAAAGCACAGAGAAGAAGCGUCUGAGUCAGAACAACGAAGAGCUGCUGUGGCUCCUCCAGACCAGCCCUCUCAUGUCUCCCGCCUCGUCCCCUCUCCAUCGCUCCUUCUCCACCUCCCCUGUCCCUUCUUCUCCUUUGUUCUCCUCCUCCCCUUUAGCGGGGUGUGACUCUCCUUCCCACUGUCACGGCUGCUCGCAGCAGGCUCAGUUCUGCUCUCCUUCCCACAGAGGAGUAGCCAAUGCAAAUCUGUCUCCAGGACCUGCUACGCCCACCCACAGGGGAGCUGUUAAUCAGAAUUAUUCCCCUGGCCCAGCCACACCCACUCACAGACCUUCUAGUGGUCACUGUAACUCCUAUUCCCGGAUGACCUCACUACAGAAUUAAGGAAGACUUUUGUCUUCUUUAACUUUCUCCUGUCUUAAGUUCAAAAGACAGCAAGACAAGUCUUUAGUGGUCACAGAACAAAUUAUUAGCCUUGGUUCGCUAACGCCAGUGCUAACUAGUUGUGCAAAACACAGAAAAGUUGUGGUUUGUGGUGUAAACCGCUAACACAUUUGUGUCUAUACCAUUGACUAUAUUUAAGAACUGGACUUAGGGAAUGCCGAGAGUGGUUGCCACAGAAACAUUGACUUGGACCGAUCACUACUUUCUGACAUUGUCUGGCGACGUCCAUACUACAAAAAAAUGUCGACCGACUUUUGUUGGAGCCAGAAUCAGCAAUUUUCUAUGUUUGAUGUCACACUCACUCACUCAAUGUUCAAACACAGUCAAUGGUCUUCAUGGACUUUUACAGAGUAGUAUGACUGUAGGUUCUCUUGUGAGACGUCCCUGCAUGGAUAGUCAUACAGACGUACACAAGACAAUAGUAGUAGAGGUAAAAAGUAGCACACAUUUAUCAUGAGAAUAGAAUACUGUGGUGUGGUAAAAACACACUCCUAUCUUCGGUGUAAUAAGCUAUAUUCUGUUUUUGGGAUGAUAUUUGCUCUUCUCAGUCUUCUCUUUUCAUUGGAACAAAUCCCUAUCAAAGCGCCUUAAACCGGGUCCUGCCACCUCACCAGCAGAGAGCGACCAAUGUUUUCUUUAUACAGGGCUUUCAAUUCAAAAUUGGUUUGUAACUCAAAUUGUGCUUCUUGGACGAUCUUUGAGGUUUGUCUGAGCAUUUUAAUAUUUGGGUCAUUUGCUUGAUGGUUUUUUUCAUGUGUAGGAGAACCUUCCUUGGAGCCAUUUUUUACAGCAAAACACAAAGAACUUAUACUGUCUUUAAAAUCCUUGCCAGGUCUUCCUACACCACAUGAGCUGCUCUUCGCUUCGGAAAAAUCCCUCAGGUCAACUUGCAAAAACUAUGUCCGCCAUUUUGUAAUUACCUCAGCGGGAAUGUGCAGUCUGUUGUGUCUGAACAGCAAACAACAGCAACAAAAUCAUGCAGCUAGAGCUAAAGGCUAAGGGGGAGACCUAGCACUGGGAUAAAAAACAAAAACAAAACAUUGUUUCCUUGUUAGAGAGAUGUUAAUAUCUGUUUUUAUCUUAUCUAUGUGAUGGUCUUCCAGUUUAAAUGUUACCGUUGUAAUAUCCAUAAUCUAUUGAGGAAACUGGAGACACACAGAGGAUAAAAGGCAUUUGAACGUUUUUAAUGUCUCAUUUUCUCUCAUGGGAUGCAAGCGGUAGAUGUGAUGGAGCACGGCAGGAUGCUGAAUUCCUGCAGAUGCAAGUCUAAGAUUAUAAAUACACAUAUUUUCAUUUUAGGACAAAAACACUUUUUUUUUUAGGAUCUCAUAAUUCUGCUGCUUCACUUAAACCAAUAAAAAUCAUCCUUUGCAAUUUUGUUGAGAUUUUUUAUGAACUUUUUCUGGCUUUGCUCUUUUAAUUUGUUAAAAAUAAUGAUAAAUUUAAAGACUACAAAAUUCUUCAUAAUCACAGAAAUAAAUUUUUUUAACACUUGUGUGCAAAAUCUGUGCAUGCAAGACUAAAAAAAAAUUGAAUGUGGGCGUACAGUGGUAUCCUGUUCCCACGAUGAGUAGAAUGUCUUUCUUGCACGUUGGAACUCCUUAAAUAUGAGUUGACGGUGACAUGAAAUAUGCCUUCUGCAACGGUCUAUUCUUCAAUUGUCUAUUAUGUUUAGAUUUUUUGUUUGUACCUACAAAAUGUACACUGGAUUAUCUACAGGAAAAAAACACAGCUGUUCAGGGAUUAAUGUGUUAGCUUUUAAUUCAUUGAGAAUUUGUUUAACAUUUUCUUAUUUUCAAAAAAGCUAAGCAGAACAUGGAAGCAUCAGACAGUUUUGCUAUUAGACUAUGGUCACAUAUCCCAAAAUGCCACAGCUCGGCGACCUAAAUGGAAUUCGGCAGGUGGCCAUGCGGUGGCAUUUGUGAUGGGGAGGCGGCAGUCGCGUUAUUUACACGCCACACAAGGGCUGCAGAGGUUUAACGAAAAAGUUGAAAUUAGACAACGACCGGAUGAUUUUUUACCUCGAUCAGUGGCCGCUCUGGAACAUUUGGAGGUUGCGAGGUUGCAGUCCAGUUACAGGCAGGUGGUAGCAGCGCGGGUACUUGAAAAUGGGCUGUUGACAUGGGCCGGGGGCCCAGCGAUGACCGGACGUCAAUCUGGCGAUCCCUACCACCGUGAGCCCAAAUAGGGAGGUGCCAUUGAUGCAGCACAAAACUCAUCAUGGUGCUGAUAGUGACGCAGAGACCUGCGCAUUAAUAAAUUGCACUUUGGAAACAAAAGUUACAGUUUUGAGAUCAAAUCUUAAGUCAAAUUUGUGAAUUCAUGGUUGAGGAUCUCUUAAAACCGUAAAAAAAACGUUGUAAAGUUAAUCUGCUGGGACUACAUUAAACAGACCAGUGUGAUUUUUAAAUCGUCCUGAGCAAAAUAUUGGUAAAAAAUGUGAUUUUCUUUAAAAUCUAUUUGUUUAAAAAAAAGAUUUAAAGCACAUAUUAUCAUAUGCUGUACAACAUUGUUUUGGAUUAGAUAAACAGAUGUACUACGUAAUGACAAGAAUGAUGGCUCACCGAAGUAGACUUCAUGUAUUUAGCAGAAGAAAUUUCAUUUUUAACUUUAAAUGGUAAUUUUUCCUUUGAGUAAAUUGCUUGUAAAUGGUUUCUUUUUUUUAAAAACUUUUCCGCUGUUUUGUUGAAAGUAAAAAAAAAAAAAUACUAAUUGAAAAAAAUACUAUUUUCUCUUCAUUUAAACAUUUUAUUUAUGCAAAAUCUAUAGUUCAGAUACAAAUUUUGAUCGUAUGCAACAUCCGUCUGGACAGAGUCGGAGCUGAGAUGAUUUUUUCGGCUGUGGACAUUUUAAACACGCUGCUCGCUACACUAAAAAAUACGAACCCAAAACCCUUUUUUAUUCUAGCUUUGCGGCUCUUUCUGGAGCCAAAAUGGUUAAGGACUGCAGAAUCCCUGUCAAACAGAAUCGAUGUAUAGUCCAAAGUCCAUGUCUGCCUCCAAGCAGCAUCAAUAUGAGGCUAAGACACUUAAUUGGAUAGAACUUAGACCAAAUCAGCAUGAACCCUCUUGUCUGUGAUUGGCUGUUUGGUGGCACAUAUGUCACACUAAAUUGAAACUUAUGAACACAAAAUCAAACAAAAGGAGAACUCGAGACGAGAGACAACGCUUUUGCAGACUUUUGGGUCGCAAACGCUAAAAUGUAUUUUUAAAUGCAAACAAUUAAUGUUUUUAUUUGAAAGUUUUGUUUUUAAAAUUGAACUUUAUGUUUGCAAUUUAGGACAUUUUGAUCUAAAAACUGUGACUUUUGUUCACAAUGUGGUAGCAGAAGAAGAAUAAGAAUUUGAGUUGUUAAUGACCAUUGGUGCAGAAUAGCUUGCUUUUUUAAAUAUUCAUCCAGGCAACCGGGCGACUGGCGGCCUUUGGCUCUUGAUAUGGACGGCCACCAUCCGAAGAUAUUUACACAUUGUCCAGUCAGAGCUGCUGCCGGCCGGCGAUCCGGCUGCCACCACCUUUUGGCCACCCAGCUGACGCCCGACUUCAUAAUGGCGUCAUCCCCACCUGACUGCCACCAUGACCACGUCAAAAAUUUUCAAAACGUCAGGCAGUGGCAUGAAAUCUUGAUGUUUCUGUCUAUGCCUCUCCAUCACACGGCGGCAGUUGCAUUUGUGACCGUAGCCUUAGGAAUGACAGGAAGGAAAAGGCUUAGUGUAUAAAAGUGAAAAAAGUAUUGCAUUCACUGCAUUACGUUGUAGCUCUCUUCUGUACUGUGCUCAGCGAACUAACUCACCCUCAGGUUUUUGAUCUUUUCUCUGGCUUUACUUAAGCCACCAGUCAAUGAUACAAAUACACAUUCAAGGACAUAAAUGUACUCCAGUAAAUAGACAAGACCGAUUUGUGUAAGUUUUUCAUUGAGUCUGCUAGAACAGCUAGACGUUUCAUUGUCAAGACAGGCUUUAUGAUAGAGACUGGAAGAGUGAAAUUCAUGUGUUCUCAUAUUCUGCAAAGCUUUGUAAAUAAAGUGAAAAAGUCCCGUGGUUAAGCAGCAUGUGAAGGACAAUGUUUCUGUGUUACUAGUCUUUAGACUUCAGACUUCAGCAGGAUCUCUGAAUCUCUUCUACCAGCACUUUUAAUGGUCUCGACAAAGGAAAUGAAGGGAAAAAAAACGCUGAUAUUUUCAUGAACCUCCAACCUUUUUUUGUAUGAUUCACAGACAGGGUUUGAUGCUAUUUGGUAGCGGAAUGUCUUGUACAGCAGAGGACUAGUGUGUCUAAAGCUCCCCAGAUUUUCUAACAAGUCCGACCAUUGCAAGAAUGUUUCUGAUCAGUUCUUUGAAUCUCUUUCAGUCAGACACUCACUGUGUGUUCAGAUUUUUCGGAUUACUGAAGGACUCCUUUGGGUCACCUCAGGUGCAAAACGUACAGUCUAUAUGGAUGCAGCAAAACUACUGUUUACAUACAACUCUGCAUAGUCAAAGAUUUCAUGGCCAAUAACACUUUUAAAUGAAUCUGUUGGAAAAAAAAAAAAGAACUGUUAUUGUAAUGAGCCUUUCAAAGUGUCCUGUGGACAUCUGUGUCUCGGUUACACUGAAUGUCAAAGAUGUAUGACGGCGUUUUAUACGAGUCUUUGUGAGAUUUUUUUCGCUGAAGGAUCUUUUGUCUGAUCCCUUUGUAGCAGCCGUUAUUUAUGCAGCAUUUGAUCAAGUGUUCUACAACACAGUGGGGAAAAUUUCGUAUUUGUUAGAGUAAAAAUCCCAUGUUCAUAUAGAGAUGCUGUUGUAACAGGUGUUUCCACAGUUUGUGAACUCUCCACUUCUGGAGGACAUAUAUUUCUGGUCCAGCGACAAGGUCUGUCUGUUUUGGCACUGAUUGUACGUUUGAAUGUAAAUACAUUUACCACAUGAGUUGUCUUAGUGCAUCAACAGAGGAAUUGAAGCAUGUUUUCUCUGCCUUUGCUGUGUCUUUUCCUCUUUCUGUUCUUUUAACUCUCUUCUAAUGUUUGGGAUGUAACAGUAGAAUAGAACGUUUAGAGGAUGGAGAAUAAUGUAGUUUACCUGUGUGGGAUAAAAACAUAUGUUUAUGCUUUUAUUUGUCUCCCUUGGGAAGAACAUGAUAAUAAAAAGAUUCAAAACUAUGAA